CUUCAAACUGCAUUCCACGUCCAAGAUGGGCCGAGCGCUUAAGGGACUGGCGAAGGCCAAGCGUGUGUUCACGGUAGACGACGACGAGUAUGAAGAUGGCACGACCGCCAAUGUGCACCAUUCGGACGAUGGGGGAUCGGCGUCCGACGACGACGACGACGAUCAUUCGUACGAGAUCCGACGCCCUUCGACCUUGCGAAUCCAAGCAAGCCGCUUUGACGAUACCGACCCAACUUAUGAAGGUAAGGUUGUCAAGCGCGCUGAUCUUCGUGGAGAUGGAAGCAACAACGAGGACGAAGACGACGACGAUGACAUGGAGCGAAACAUGGAGGAAGAAUGGUCGGAAGGGGAACCAUUUGCUGCGUCUGACCAUGACGACGCCGGUGAUUCGGACGAUGCGUCGCUCGAUGAAGAAGUUGAACUCGACGACGACGGUGAAGAUGAUGAACAAGAAGGAGACAGUGGUCGCCGCCGCGUUCCUCGCGGUCCACUUGGCGACAACGACGAUGUCGAUGACGUUAUUCGAAAUCUCGAAGACGAAGACGACGCUGCCGUCCUGAUGCGUAGUGCAGACGCUGGCCAGCAUGAUCGCGCCAAACACGUGUAUCACCAAAAGCUCAUUUACGAACGGUGCUUGGAGCUGCAGAUUUCCAUCAAGCAGAUUCUCACUGCGUUGCACAGCGUCGCCGCCGACAUGUCUGCAGAGAAAAAAGCUCAGUUGACGUCUUCGAUUCGCACGUCCAUGUCGUCUCUCAGUGCCAUGCAGCAACAACUCUACACGCUUCCAGACAUGUCGGCCGCCCUUAGCUCCAAGAAGCGCUCGUUCGACGACAUUGCAGACACUUGGGACGCCAUCGAAGGUGAAUCCAAGGCCGCUCUCGGGGUGUACGAGCCCAUCUUGAACAAGCAGACUGUACAGGCCGACACCCAAGGCAAAAAGUUCAAGGCUGUCAACCAAGAUAUCCUCGUGCAAGUCGACGCCAUGCUGGCCGACACGCAGCGCAUUCGACGCAAGGCGCACCCCGUAGUCGAGGCGGACGACGACGCCACCGACCACGAUGACGUUCUGGACGAAGCCACGUACGACGAUAAAGACUUUUACCACCACCUGCUCAAAGAAUUUAUCGAGUCGGGUACGACCGUCGACGACGCCGCCGCAACCGCUGCCGCGCAGCUCAAGCUCAAGCGAAAAGUCAACAAAAAGGUCAAUCGCAAAGCCAGCAAAGGCCGCGUCAUCAAGUACACAGUCCUGCCCAAACUUCAGCACUUCAUGUUUCCCGACCCGACCGCGUACCGCCGCACGGAUAUCAACGUAGACGAACUCUUCCGCUCCUUAUUUACAUCGUCUGCAGCAACCAACGACCCUUAAUGGAAAAAAAGUACCUUGCGACUCCUCGCUGAAAAUUCACCAAGUUUUGGAACUAAGCCGACAGCAACGGUCCAUGUUGUUGGGCACACCUACGCCGCAUGCUUGCCGUGCACGUGAGUCAAGAUGCGCCGACUGGCCGCCAUGGCAUGGCAGAGCACCGGUUUUGGCAUGAGUACGCUAUCGUGACGUGCUUUCCCAAUCAACGACUGGGCAUACCCGUUUGACUGGAACCAAAACGACAACGAUGCGCCCCAUCGUUCUUGAGUGAGACUUGUCUUGGACAGUCGAGUAGUGCCAUAGCGCGGGCGAAUGUUUCACAUGCUGAGACUCGAUCGGUGCUCCAUGUCCUUGGUGUUGCUAUGAAUGCCGCCUGCGAGGACCACGAGUCGUUUCAUCGGAGUGGACAGGGUCCAAAGUCGAGGUAGACGGAGUCCCAGCCAACGCGGCCGGGCGACAUUGCAUCCAGAGGACGCAUUCCCCUACGACGGCGUGUGCUUGAGCAUUGAGACGACGCCGUGAAGUUGUCCGUUCCCUUGUGGCAUCACGGCCACCCUGGGCAGAGAUGUCAACGAAACAAAGAUGCG